ACACGCCGUGACGCGCUCUAGCCGCGCCGCUGUCGCGCAGCAGCGUGGUCAGAGGAGCCUGCCAGGAGGCGGGCAGUGGGAGCUGCCAUGCUGAUGGCUCAGGUUUCUUGUUGGAGGUCUGAUCUGAUCUGACACUUGUUAGGGUGAUGUCGGGAGACUCGGAGGAGAGCUGUAGGAACACAGCUGGAGGCGUGCGGAUUGUGAGUUGGAAUAUUAAUGGCAUUCGAGCCACCCGUGCAGGCAUUAAAGAUGUAUUGGACUCGCUUGAUGCAGAUAUUAUCUGUUUGCAGGAGACUAAAGUGACAAGAGACCUUUUAGAUGAACCCACUGCUAUAGUCGAAGGAUAUAACUCAUACUUCAGCUUCUGCCGUGUGAGGAGCGGGUACUCUGGAGUUUCGACUUUCUGCAAGUGUAGAACAACGCCAUGGGCAGCGGAGGAAGGACUUUCCGGGCAGCUGACUGCUCACAAAGGAUCCAUUGGCUGCUAUGGGAACACAGAGGAGUUUUUGGAAGAGGAGCUGCUUUCCUUGGACCAGGAAGGAAGAACCGUUAUAACACAGCACAGGAUCCAAACCUCCGAAGGUAAAGAUGAAACACUAACUGUGAUCAAUGUUUACUGCCCUCGGGCUGACCCUGAGAAGCCAGAACGGAAGAAUUACAAACUGCGCUUCUAUCGCUUGCUGCAGAUACGAGCAGAGGCCAUUUUGAAGUCGGGAAGCCAUGUCAUUAUCUUAGGAGAUGUGAACACCUCCCACAGGCCUCUCGAUCACUGUGACCCAACGGAUCUGGAAGCUUUUGAGGAGAACCCAGGACGUCAGUGGUUGAACCAAUUUCUUGUUGAGCCAAAAGCAGUACAAAGAGAGGAUUCCAAUCCUGUAACUCCAUCUAAAAUGGGUUACUUCUUGGACAGUUUCCGGUACUUUCACCCCACUCAGAGAAAUGCCUUUACCUGCUGGUGUUCAGUGUCUGGGGCACGGAAAACCAAUUAUGGAACCCGUCUAGACUACAUUUUAGGAAACAAAAGCCUUGUUGAACUGCAGUUCUUGGAUUCCAUUAUCAUGCCAGAGGUGGAAGGAUCAGACCACUGUCCUGUUAAAGCAUUUUUGAAAUGCCAUCCUUUGGCAGCAUCCAAGUGCCCUCCUCUCUGCACCAAAUAUCUCCCAGAAUUUGCAGGUAAGCAGCAGAAGCUUUCUCAGUUUCUGGUAAGAAAUGACAAGGAUUUGGGGGGCAAGUUUGGAGAAAACAAAGAACUGCCAGAUUCGCAAUCUUCUACGGAAGGAACUGAAUCAAUUUUUGUUCGGAAACGGCCUUCAGAGAAGGUUAAUGGAAAUAUUGUUAAAAAAAGCAAACCAGCUGUGAAGGGGGGACAGGGAAGCCUCCUGGGAUUUUUUAAGCCAGUAGUUCACAAACCAGACCAAUCACAAGGGCAGACAAAAAGUAAAACCUGUUUUGAACAGAACACACCGAAAAACCCAGUCCAGCAGGAUCCUGAACCUCUUUCUAUAAUGUCCAAAGGAACUCAACCACAGGCAGCAUUCUGGAAGUCCUUGCUGAAGGGCCCACCUCCCCCACCCAAUUGUAAAGGCCAUGGUGAACCCUGUGUCCUGCGAACAGUAAAGAAAGCUGGACCCAACUGUGGCCGUCAGUUCUACACAUGUGCAAGACCCGACGGUCACUCAUCCAACCCACAGGCACGGUGCAACUUUUUCCUUUGGGUUAACAAGAAAACUGGACAUGAGAAUGCAAGUUAAAUAUUGUAAUUAUUCCAACUGUUCAAAGUGAAAAUGAGAGCAGAGCUUACAAUCACCUCCACCUAUCUUACAAUUGAAGUUUACAUCCACAUCCUCUUGCUUUUAUCAGACAACAGUUUGAGAUCCACAACCCACUAUAUUGUGCAUAGAGAUGACUAUUAUACUAUUUGGAACCAAACUCUGAAUAGGGUGCUAAUUAAUAAAAAAAAAACAUUCAGAUGACGUUUGGUUUUACCAGAAUGUGUUAAACUGUAGUUUUAGGGGGUCCACCUUUUGGUCAUACCUUUUCUGGCCAAAAUGCAAUAAUUUUUUUUAUAUACAAGUAUCCUUGCUAUACAAUAUGCAUUUCUAAUAAUGGUUUUGGCAUUUAUACUCCAAUUGUGUUGACAUGUUUAAUAAUAAUAA